GCGGGCAGAGGAGACUGGACCAAACACAUGGCGUCUCAGUGGCAGGGCAUGACGGCCUCCAUGCGUAGACGAUCACUCCUAAAGGAGGAACAUCUAGAGAAGGCGGUGACCCGGUCUGCUGAGGGCCAUCUGGAGACGGGUCCUCUGGGCUCCCUGUGCAGACAUUUCCAAAGGAGGCUGCCACUGAGAGCCGUCAGCCUCAACCUCGGGACUGGCCCCUCCUGGAAACGCCUGGAAACCCCAGAGCCAGAGCAGCAGCAUCUUAAGGCUUCAGCUCGCUCAGCCAAAAGCGCCUUGGGUGCUAUGUCCCAGAGAAUCCAGGAGUCCUGCCAAAGUGGCACCAGGUGGCUGAUGGGAACACAGGUGAAAGUGAAGAAAAAACGAGGAGUCCAGAAGGACAGAGGGUCCUCACCACCCAGUCUGAGCCAGAAGAACACUCGGCUAUACAGGGCCAACCGGGAUGCCAGAGUCGGGGGACAUCCGCGCCUCUCUGGCCAGAUGGGUCUACAUGCCCAUCGACGUCAGCGGCUAAGGAGGGAGGCUGCCCUCCGGAGCCCCUGUUCCUCCACAGAACCUCUCUGCUCUCCCAGUGAGUCUGACAGUGACCUAGAGCCUGUGGGGGCUGGAAUCCAGCAUCUCCAGAAGCUGUCACAAAAACUGGACAAAGCCAUCAAGGCCGAAGAGAGUGGUGACAUGACUGUCUCCCUUAUUCGUGAAUGA